AUAAUCAUUUUGUGAAUUUGAGAAACAUUACACAGGAAUAGAAUACUUAUUAAUUAAAUGACAAUGAUGUCGAACAGAUACAGUUUAGUUGUCUGAUGUAUGGUUAUUCUUCCCUUUUCAACUCAUAUAGUAACACAUAGAUGUACCCUCAAACCAUGCUGCAUUGAGCCCAGCUGAACCUGCCUGGGCUAUCAUCCACUCACGUUAGCUUCCCACACAUCGAUCUUUAACAGGUUAUGGGAUAAGGACUAUGGAGGCACCACCAGAGCAAACAAGCAAAGAAGUUGAUAUUUAUCGCGACACAUGGGUUCGCUUUCUGGGCUAUGCCAACGAGGUGGGAGAGGCCUUCCGAGCCCUGGUGCCCCCGAGUGUGGUGUGGGCCAGCUACGCUGUUGCCACGGUAUAUGUCUCUGCUGAUGCGGUGGACAAGGGCAAAAAGGCUGCUGCUGCACAUGGGGACAACCCUGGGAAGACGACACGGGUUGGCGUAGCGAUGGUGGACACCUUCAUCUGGCAGGCUCUGGCCUCCGUGGCCAUCCCAGGCUUCACCAUCAACCGGGUGUGCGCUGCUUCGCUCUACCUGCUGGGCAGGGCCACACGCUGGCCUUUGCCUGUGCGCAAAUGGACCACCACCGCAAUCGGCCUCUCCACCAUCCCUUUCAUUAUCAAACCUAUCGACAGAUCCGUAGACUUCAUGCUGGACUCUAGCCUCCGGAAGGUGUACGGGGGUGGGGAGAAGCAUGAGUAAACCCCCCCACUCCUGCUGAGGGAACUCUGUUGGAGGCACAACCGUUCACCCCUGAUUCCCUGAACCCUGCCCUGGCCUGGCCUCCAGCAAGGGCUACUUUCUUAACGCCUUCUCAAGUCGAGGAAACCUCACUGUGAAGCACAAAGCCAUGCAGUCCCUCCUCCUAUCCACCAUUUUGUCUGCUUGUCCCACCAUGGGCCUCACAGUCUCAACAUCAAGGUGUCAGACUAAACAUUUAAAGUUGUUUUAGUGGAGUAGUUUGUAGUGAACAUAUUGAAUGUCUGUUAGAGAAUCAACAUGCUAGUAUGCUGAUUUGAGAGCCAUCCAUUAUAUAGUUAGUGUUUAGUGAGGACAUGAAUGUUUGUAGCUAGAGAAUUGAUAUACUUGUCUGUUGGUUGGGCUGCACGACAACCAAGGGUAGGAAUGUUUCUACUGUAAUUGCUGUUAACAUUAAACUCAGGUAUCCUGGAGAUACAAUACCGGGUUGUCAGGAGUAUCAGGAGUCAAGAAAUAUGUUGACGUGGAACCAUCACCCAUGUAUCACAGUUUGAAUGGUGCAUGGUGUAUUUUAGACCCUUUCGAAACCUUUGGCCCUUGCAUUUGAUAAAGUCAGUCAGUAACAGCUAUGCAGUUGUCGGGGGGAAAUAAUGCUUAGGUUUCAUUCGGUGGACCAAAGCAAAUACCUGGUUUAACAUUAAUGUCUAAGAAAAUGGAUUUGUCAGAAAUGAUGUUCUGUAGUUAUGAGGAAAACUUUGGUAACAACAAAGGAAUGUUAUCAGCUGGUGCCAGAUAGUACUCAAGAAACUGUAAGCCAAAAUGUGAAAAAUUUAAACGAGGGAUGCAAUGAUACCACUUUUCAGACAGAGUGCGAGUACCUACAUUUGUGUACUUGCUGAUACCGAGUACUUAAUAAUUUGCCUAUGCCGGAGUUCUAUCAAUUUCUGUUUCUGAUAGGCAAAUCUGCUAAGGCAGAAAAUGACAGAACUCCUUCGAACCGCUGCCUUGAGUUUAACGUAAUGUUACCAAGAAGUGGUAUGGGUGCGUGGUAUCUGAGAAUUAGAUUAGCACAGAAUCGCCCUGAUACCCGAUAUUGGUAUAUUGAUCGGUGCAUCCCUAAUGAAACCAAAUAUAAAAGAAAUAAUCAUAUGUUAACAUUAACAUCUUAGUGUGAGAUUAAUGACAUACUGUUGACUGCUGGGAAAGUUCAUAAAGACUUUUUGUCGGUAAGAAGUAACACCAGUAGCCCUGUAGUGGCAGCUCCUGUAGUUCACAUAAUACAUCAUGGUGCUAGUUUUCCACUCUUCUCUUUGUAGUCUGUUAAAGGUGGGGUCCACGAUUCAAAUCCAGUAUACUUCCAGUCAUAUUCAGUGAAUUGCUACUCUGGUUCGCUGGCUGUCCAUUCUGUGUAUGCACUCAAAAAAAGCCAUAAACAAUUCCAGCCAAUCAACACAUUGCUUUGGGAGCACGGGAGGGAGGGAUGUAAUUUGAUUGGCUGUUGAGCUCAAAUAUCAACAACAUUUCUUCAUAAUUGCAGACUCUACCUUUAAGUCUCUGUUUCAUGUGAGCAUACCUCUGCGCUGGCUAAAUGUGGCAAUGUAAACGCUUGAAUAUGUUUUUGUCUUACAGGUCAGUGAGUGCUUGAGUACUCCAUUUACUAACAUAUAUCUUUGCCAUGGUAGAACUACAGAGGCCUUAUACAGUUCACUUGGCCCAAGUUUUUAAUAAGCAAAAAUUAUUGUAACUGAGAUUGCUUGGCAGGCUAUCUGGGCACAAAGGGAUUAUUAUUUUUGAUUUAGCCAUUGAUUUUAAGAUGUUAUUUUUAAAGAGGUUCUGUAUUAGGAUGAUUUAUGUGGAGGCAAAAUAAGUCAGAUUACACACAUCUAACAAAAAGAAGUGAUGAACGUAGUGAGCAAAACACACAAGACAUGAAGGGAAUGUAAGCACCUUUAGUUAUAUAUGGUUACAUAUGUCAAUCUGCUAUGCAAGUUGUACCAAAGUUGUACAAAUCAGAAAUGAUAAAGGAAGUAAUAUUUAUUCUAGCCAAUAAGGUUAUUUGAUUUGUGUAACAAAAGACAACAUUAGCAAAAGGUUGUACUGUUUAAAAAACAGAAAGCAAUAAUAUUAGCAGUAAAUAACGGUUGAGAUUUAAAUCCAUGUCCUUAAUUGGUUAUGUGUAGCACUUCAUUGCACAACUACGAAAACAUUUUACACUUGUUAUAUUUGGUUUCAGAGUUGUAAUUUUUUGUGAUGUUUGCAUGUCUUCCUUUUCUUGUAAAAUGGUGAGUGAAGGGAAUAAUUUACUUUUGUUUACAUUUAUUUUAUUAUACUCAAUCUUUCAAUGGUUUUAAAGAUAUUUGUUAUGGCAUUUAUUUUAGGGAAUUCAAACUAAAAAUCAUUUGGCCUUUUCAGCUGGCUUGUGCUACCUAAUGGACCUCAUUUGGGAACUUAUAACUGUAAAUGUAUGUGUAAAAUAUUUACAACAAAUGUCUACAAAUACAGCACUAAACUGUGUUACAGUAUAUAAUGUGAAAAUGUCUUUAAAGAUCGCAAGGGUUUGUUCCUUUCAUUGCUGUUCACAGAAAUGUAUACAAACCGUAAGAGUUUGUAUCAGUGCAAGGUUUUAUUUUUCCACCUGUAACAUGUCAUAUGUACAUUAAACAAAGACAUUUCUGAACUGG